ACAGGCAGCCAUUUUGUUUUAGGUGUUGACUUUCUUCUCGACGUCGUAUCUUACGAUGGAUUAAACCUGUUAUAUUCUGUUUGCUUACGUAGUUUUAUAAUUUUUUUAAUGACCCUUUUUCCUGUAUUAAACUGACAAAUUAUUUUCAAGGUGUAAUUGCGAUUAUUUUUUUAGUAAAGCCGAUAGCUUGUUGGCUAACUGGCCAUUUUUUGAGCAGCCUCUUUAGCCAGCCUGCUAGCACAGCGAGUUAGCCCGCAGCAAAAUGGCGACCAAUGCGACACCGCAGACCUCGACUGCGACUUGGUAAUUUAUUUGCUUCAUUUCAGGCCAUAUGGGGGCAGCACUACAACAGAGGCGCCUGUUCAUGAAAACCCGGAAUGGGAGAAAGCAAGACAGGCGCUAGCCUCCAUCAGCAAGAGCCAGAGCUCCAGCAAGACAUCUGCAAAUAACCACACCAACCCACAGGUGGGACAGUAUCCAUCACCAGUGACUGACCCUUCAACAAUGCAGCAGCAACAGCCGUACUAUCAGUGGUACCCACAGAACCAGCAACAGUAUGCAGGAUACACUUACCCCUACAACUACUACUACCACCCUGUGCCUCCGUAUGGAGGAGUAUAUCCCCCUGGUCAGUAUGGUGUCCCAGGACCCUACCAACAACCCACAACUCCCACUGCACAGCACCCCGGCAUGGCGGGAUUGAAGGAGCAGGGGUCUGGCUACCCAUGUGACACACAGCCUACACCUCCUGAUGUACCCCAGCCUCCGCCACAAAGCCCCACAGGGACAGAACAGCCGCCUCCUCCUCCACCCCCUCCUAUUCCGCCACCACCCAACUCUCAAUACCCUCCACCCCCUUCCCCAUCUCCUUACCUCACUAAUGGAUCUAUGCCUUAUAGUCCUACUGACUCCAGUCCAGUGAGGGCUUAUGGUUAUGGGCAGAAUAGGCCGAGUUACCAGGGUUUCCAAGCCCCAAACUAUCAAACAUCCCAGCCACAGCAGGGGUUAGCGCCAGGCCCGUAUGGAGGGGCAGGGCGAGGGGACACUGGCAAGAAACCAAAUAAUGGAAAUAUGAGCAAAGGGCAGCAGAUAUGGAAUCGCAUGAAACAGGCUCCUGGAACUGGAAGUGUAAAGUUUAACAUUCAGAAACGCCCAUAUGUAAUGUCCAAUCAGAGUUUUGUAGCUGGUGAGCAACAAAAUGGAUCCUCUACGUCCAACACAACCACAUCAGCAACUCCAGUGUCUUCAGUAACAACAGCUACCACUGCGGGUGCUUCUCAGGCUGGGCCCCAAGACUGGCCCCAGGCCAUGAAGGAAUAUGUGCAGCGUUGCUUUACAGCUUGUGAGACAGAGGAAGACAAAGACAGGACAGAAAAGGUGCUAAAGGAAAUUCUGCAAAGCAGACUGCAAGAUGGCUCAGCGUUCACCAUUGACUGGACAAGAGAACCUCUGCCAGAGGUGAAACCUAGGCAGUCCCGAUGGGAGACAGCACCUCAACGCUCUCAAGAGAACACUCUUGGUCGAGGGGGAGCCACUCGAGGUAGGGGUGGGGGUCGGCUGGGUAACUACAGAAAUGUGUUUUCACAAAGGAGCCCCUCGUCCAGUUCAUCCCACUCCUCUUCACGGUCUCCUUCUCCUCAUAGCCGUUACAGAGAGAAAGGCAGACAUCGUCGCAGUGACUCUGGCUCCCAGUCUGACAGCAGCAUGUCAAGCGACCUCCGACCUCUCUCCCGACGACAACAACGAGCUGGGAGAGGCCGUGGGGAAGAGAGGGAAAAAGGGAGAGGUGCCACAGGAGAAAGAGGCCGAGGGAGAGGAGGGAAAGCGAAUCGAGGGCGAAGGAAUGACGAUCUGGCUGGUGUCUUUGGUAAAAAGCGCAAGGGUGGAACAGCAGGCCUGGACUUUCACGACCCCAACCGUGAGGCCAAAAAGCAGAGCCGUGCAGCACGAUUCCACACCAAGCGCACUGAGCCGCUGGUACUGAAUAUCAAUGCCACUGAGCUCCCGAAUGCCACUCAGGAAGGCCUCAGCUGGGAUGAAUGCCCUAUUGUGGGUACUUGCCAGGACAUCACCAAAAACUAUCUGCGUCUGACCUGCGCCCCUGAUCCUGCCACCGUGCGACCUGUGUCUGUCUUGCGCAAGUCACUGGUUGCAGUGAAGGCUCACUGGAAGGCCAAUCAGGAUUACCUGUAUGCCUGUGAACAGAUGAAGUCAAUACGACAAGACCUCACUGUCCAAGGGGUACGAACAGACUUCACAGUGGAGGUCUAUGAAACACAUGCCCGUAUUGCCCUGGAAAAGGGUGACCACGAGGAGUUUAAUCAGUGCCAGACACAGCUUAAGGAGCUUUACAAGGAGUGUCCAUCAAGCAACGUAGGAGAAUUCACCGCCUACAGACUGCUGUACUACAUCUUCACUAAAAACUCUGGAGACUUAACCACUGAGUUGGUGUAUCUCACCCCCGAACUACGUCAGGAUGACUGUGUGUCUCACGCUCUUGCACUCCGUGCCGCCUGGGCACUUGGAAACUACCAUCGCUUUUUCCUUCUGUACAAGAGAGCACCACGUAUGGCGGCUUACCUUAUUGACAAAUUUGUGGAGCGUGAGAGAAAGUUAGCUCUGAGGGCUAUUCUUAAAACGUUCAGGCCCUCUGUGCCGGUGGAGUAUGUACAGUCCAGUCUGGCCUUCCCUUGUUUAGAUACAUGUUUAACUUUCCUGACAGGGCUCGGAGUUACUUUUAUUCAGUCAGAUCCUAACAAGAUAGAUUGCAAAGCCAGCUCAGCUUGUCUCACCACUUAGUAAAGUAUAUGGAAGAGGUGGGAGUAUUUAAAAGUCAAAGGGAAUGAUGUGGGACCAGAUAUCUACAUAGUAUAGCCAGCCUAUUCUAUCUUAGAGAAUGAAAAUGUACAACAUGGAUUACACUUAUUUAUAUUCUUAUUACUCUUAUAGAGUAUUACAUGCAUACAGAAAUGAACUGUAAAGACACACAUAUAAUGACGUAGCGUGAUGGUGACUAGCUGAUCUGCUUAUACUUGAAGCCUCAGAGUAUUAACACUGGGAGAAAAGCUGCCUAUAUGACACAAGUCCACACAGUAAUCAGAAAUAGACCAAGUGCAUCAGCUCUGUAGUUCAUCUUCGACUAUCACUUAGAGAGGCUUAGGUAGUUCACAGAAAGUUUCCAGGUCUCCCGUUUCCCCAGGCCUCACAGAUCAUUUUGCAGCUAAUGAUGUUCUGUGUUCUAAUGUUUUUCUUCCCUCAAGCCAACAGCGUCAAAGCUCAUAUGAAGAGAAUGUCCUUGAAAACCAAAGCUGUGAAGACAAGCCGAUCAUAUGAAGACAUCCUGCCUGCCUCAAGACAAAGAUGGUGGCUGCAAGCUGUCUGUUACAGAUUACAAGGUCCAGCGGUGCUUCCCAAAGCUGUCAUAUUCAGUGGACUUUGUCUUGCACUGAUGAUUGAUGAUGGCAGUCUGGUGAGAUGGUUUGUAUGCCACCAUGUGUGUCUUCUUCUUUGGCCCGUCAUGAGAGCAAUCGAGAGUCUUUUAUCCCAGGUAUGGACUUGAUGCAGCAUGGCAAGAUAGAAGUGUGCUCGGUUAGAUUUCCUUCUACAUUGUGACCUACACACACUCGACCCACACCUUAAAUCUGCCCAGCAAGUUCACUGAAGAGCAUAGCCCACUGUAACAUCUGCAGGAAGACAAAGACUCAGUGAAAGGAUAAGAAGCCCUGCAGCAGAAUCUACUGAGUCUAGAACCACGGAAGUUCACAGCCUGAGUCUGUGUUAGGCUGCUUCACCAAAUCAACAGCAUUUAUUCCUAGAAGAUCAAGAUCACCCUACCAGAGAAAUAAUACAGAGUGCAUCAUUUGAAGUGAGGCAGUGAUCCUGCCAGCAGUGUGAGACCUGUAAGGCAGCAGAAGAAAGGAGCGGAGCAGAGCAGCUGUAAUCACCUCGGCCAGGUGACACAGUAGGAUCUGAAAGCAUAUGGGUUUGUAUCUGUCCUGACCCUGAGUACAUGUUUGUGCGUGGUAAGAAGAAGGAACUUGGCUGAUUAUAAGAUGGGGAAAUAUUGAUCCAGCAGCAGAUUUUUUUUUUUUUUUUUUUACACUGUGAUGUUUUUCAGAUGCCAUUUGAUAUAAAAGUGAAACCUGUCACAUGAGUAUGAUCUGAUCCAUCGUAAUUAAUGUUGAAGGCUUCAUUAAUGAUUUUUUACCAACUCCUAAGGGGAAUAUUGGUUAUCAUCUUAAGAUAAAAAAAUGUAGUUGUUGAUGCAGGGUUGCUUUAUGCACAAACAUUUGAGCAUUUCCUGGAGAGUAGACUAAAUCUGGCUUACCUAUGCUUUUACUUUUAUGGUUUUACCAAAGAUCAUGGUCUAGCUUGGUGUGUUGGAGCCUGGAUCGGAGCAUGGUGAAUUUAGUCUUGUUCCUGAGCACAGAUGUUUAUCAUUGGUUUAUCUUUGAGUUAUCUUCAGGUUAAGAACUUUUAUGUGUGGCAGGGUAAAUAUUGUAUAGAAAACCAUUAUUUGCUUUCUUUUGCCCCUGGGAAUAAAUGGGUGGAAUUUCAAGUUUGCAAUGGUAAGUGUUAUUGUAGGUCAGACAGUAAAUUUAACUGGAAGCCAUUUUAAAACCAAAGUUUUGUUAAAUUAAAAUUUGUGUAAAGGAGUUUUGUAAAAUAUAUAUGGAAAAUUGAGAGCAGAGUAAAUAUCAUACUUCUGUGUUACCAGAGAUUAAAAAAAAAAAAAAAAAAUUAGUAUGGACAGGUCACUUUUCCUUGUGGGUAACUAGGAUUUUCUAUCAGGUUUUUUUUUUUCUUGAAAGCCAUACCCCCUGUGAUUCUUAGUGUAAAUGUUUUUCAUUCAUAUGCUGUUAUUUUAACUACCGUCAUUUUUUGCUUUUUUAUCCUGUUGCUUAGUCACUGCCAGUUUCCCUAGGGUUUUUUUUUCCCCUUCCAUGCUGGGUUUUUGGAUGCUCACAACAAGAGAAAGAUUUGUUUUAUAAGUACUGACCCCACACCAGUUAACACCACUUUUACACUUUUUGUGCAGUAAUGAUUUGAUGUUUAGCUUUUUUUUUUCCUUGCCUCCCACUUAUUUGGCCGUACAGAACAUCAGUUCAGUCGUGUUAACUGGUGUAUUCAGCAUCAGUACUUCUGUUUGUUUAUUUGCUUGUUUGUGAAACAUUUAAACACUUAGAGUAUGUAAGGAUAAGUAAUUACCUGCUGCAUUGCCUUUUCCUUUCUAAAUGUAGUUACUAUUGCUUUGUUCUGUAGAAUGUUUCAUUUUCAUCUUUUUUUUUCAUUUAAUUGUAACAGAAAUUACCUGUGUCUUUAACACCUUAUUUCACGAUAAAUAUCACAGUUGGAUUAUCCUGUGCAGCACCAACCCGAUUUCCCCCAUCUUCUGCUCCCUCUCUCUCCUGUUCUUAUGCUCUCUUUUCUCAUUACCAGAUUUCUCUUUUGUCUUUGCAGUCAUGCAUAAUGGAAGCUAAAGGAGGGAUGAAAAGAUGAAAAUGAGAGAGAAACCUGUAUCCAGAGUUGAACUGAACGCUGGAAAGUGGCCACACCUGAAACAGAAAUAUAUUCACUUUGCUAAACCAUUGUUUAAUCCAAACAUUAAUGAGUCUGUCUACAAUGUAUAUGCCU